AUGAAGAAGGUUUCUCUUUAUGCUUGUUUAUUACUCAACUUUAGUCUUUUGGUUAUUUUUCCAUAUAGCAAAGCUAGUCAGGCUGAUAAACUUGAUGAGUUGAUUCUGUCUAGAAGUUCACAGAAUCCUCCUAAGACUUUUUCAUGGGAAGCUGAAGACGCAUUGCAAACACAACCUUCUUCUGCUUAUGUUGUACCUCCUCAAGAGGGGAAAAGGCUAGCUGACAAGAUUGUCACAUUGCCUGGUCAACCCUACGGAGUUAAUUUUGACCAAUACUCAGGCUAUGUCACAGUUGAUCAUGACACUGGAAGAGAACUUUUUUAUUAUUUUGUGGAGUCUCCCUCUAACUCUUCCACCAAACCUUUAAUAUUGUGGCUCAGUGGAGGACCUGGUUGUUCCUCACUGGGAUAUGGAGCCUUUGAGGAGCUAGGACCCUUCAGAGUCAACUCUGAUGGAAAAACUCUACACCGUAACCCAUAUGCUUGGAACGAAGUUGCGAAUGUACUUUUCUUGGAUUCUCCAGCAGGGGUAGGUUUUUCCUACUCAAACACAACUUCUGACUAUGACAAAUCAGGAGAUAAGACAACUGCAAAGGAUGCUUAUGUCUUCCUUAUCAACUGGUUGGAGAGAUUUCCACAGUACAAAACAAGAGAUUUUUACAUAACUGGAGAGAGUUAUGCUGGUCACUAUGCUCCUCAGCUUGCAUCCACUAUUCUUCACAACAAUAAACUCUAUAACCAAUUCAUUAUUAACCUCAAAGGCAUUUCUUGA